GUGCUAUUAAAAAUUGGACACUCCUGGUAUAUCCAUAUGUCUGGUCUUUGUUUACCAACGAUUUGUUUUCUAGUUGAACACUUCAUAGUGUAUCUACCUAUUUUCGUAGUUCGUUUGAAAGGAUUUUAACAAAAAGUGUAAAGUUUAAAUAUGUGAUAUGUAUGUGAAGUAGUUAUUUUGUUGUAAAAAAUGAAGUGUCGACAUUUUAGAUACCGUAACUAUAAUCAGAUCAUAUAAAUAUUAAAAUAUAGACUAGAUUAAUAACAAAUGGGUGAAACUCCAGCUGAAUAUAUUGAAGAUGGUUGUGAUAAUUCUUAUUCAACAAAUAAUGUUAUACCAUCUGAACAAGAAACCGAAAUUGACUUUCGCAGAGAAGGACCAGAUAAAAUUGAUUUUGUCAAGCCGAAGAAUUAUUCCCAAAAUGAAUAUCCAGCAGAACACAACAAUUAUCAACUUCCUGUAGGUUAUUAUAGACAAGGUAUAUCUAAUCAAUAUUAUGGACAAAAUGCGUAUCCUAUGCCACUCCAACCUCUUAGAAUAAUUAAAGACGUGGUUCCAAGGUUCCAAAAAUCGGUACUACCUGCAACUAUACUUCAACCAAUUUCAAAUUUAGGACAAUUUUCAAAUGAACCUAAAAUUCAGAAUGAUAGAAAUUCAAUUAAGGAUCCCAGUCUCUCGGUCAAAGAGACAGAUAAUUUGAUACCGGGUGGCCCUACAUCUUCAAUAUCGACUGUCAAUCAUCUCAGCACUUCUCCUGUGCAUCAUAAAAGUUAUUUCGAGGAAAACGAAAUAAAUAAAAAAACAGAAGAUAAUUUUCCAACUUGCAAUACUUUUGUGUCUCUUAAUAAAAUUCAUUCUCGUAAAAAAAAAUAUUUGUCCAAAUCUGAAGCGAACAAAAAAACAAUAAAACGCAAUCUGAGAGCAGCAAAGAAAUCUCAUAAAAUUCAAUUGAUACCAAAAUAUUGUUCAUCAUCAAUUCCAAUUUCUUUGCCAAUUUCUAGGUUUUUGUCGAUAUGUCAACCAAAUUUUUAUCGAUCUACCUUAGAAGCUGAAGUCAAGGAAAACACAGAAACUCAUAAAAAUAUUCAAGAUAGUAAUUUGAAAAAGAAACAUUUGCCUCCUUCGCCAAUAACGUUAUCUACACCACCUUCAAAUUCUGAUUUAAUAAGUGAGUCAAAUGUUGACUACAAAAAUCAGCAAGGAACAUUGGAAAAUGGUGAAGUCAAAUCUAGUCAUGAAAUUUCCGAAACUAAAGAAACUAUAUUUUCAAGUUCUAAUUUUUCACCAACGAAUUCGUGCUCGUUAGAUGACACAUAUAUUGACGUUACUACUAUUGACGAGAGUUUUCCAAUAUCCCUGGAAUCAUUUACAAAUUCAAAUGAAAACUGCCCAAGUUACUCUUUGCCCGCAGGGUCAAUAUCUGUGGAAGACUCAAAUUCAUUUUCAACCAAUCAGAAAAGUGAAUAUCUACCAAACUCAUUUUCAAUUAACUCUUCUCCUUCUUGCGAAGUCUUUAACUCAUAUCUACCAAGUCACUCAAAUAUUGGUCAUUUAACCAACCCGUUUCAAUGCAGUAGAGAGGAAAAGAGAACAACGGAUAAAACUACAGUUAAUUUAAAUAAGCAUAUAAAUUAUUUAAGUACAAGUGUGGAUAAUAAUACUGAACAGAUCGUUAAUAGUAAAGACAAUUUCCAAUCAAUUCCCAUUCCCCUAUUAACGCAAAGUUCACUUGAAGAGUCAAAUCAACUGACUCAGUCAACUCUAUAUCACACAAACUCACUUUCUAGUUUGUCUUGUCGCACAAUUUCUGGCGAUAUAUCGAAUUCACAUCUAACGAUCGAGCCCAAUUUUGAACAGCCAACCAGACAGGAGAACGCUGCUAGUCCAAAUGUACCUGAGAAUUUAAAUUUACAAUUAAACAACCAAUUAGUCACAGAAAAUCUAGAAAACUCAAAUCUAAGCCAAGCACAAGCAAAUCUGAAUAAACACCAAAAUGCAUUUCCAAACAAUUCUUCAUCUUCAAUACUAGAUACCACAAAUACAAUUUCUUUCUCUCUGAAUCAUCCAAUUGAAUAUAACUUCUCUCCGCCAGAACAAACUCAAGAUAUGCUCGAAAAAAUAAAUGGGAGCAAAUAUGCUAUCGAUGCUACGAUAACUACAGAUAAACUAUUUUCAUCGUACCCUUCGUCCUCACUUCCAAAUUUUCUACCAUCCUCAAAUUCACAACCAGUACAUCAGUUAAACUUUAACCAUCAGAAACAAAAUAAGGAAAAAGAAAUGAAAAAUACAAACCCUAAUAACGUUCAAACUACCAGUAGUCCAAAUCAAAAUAUAAAUCAAAAUAAUCAUUCAACUUUGCUUUCAGAUCAUACUCCAUCUUCUACACUAAAGUCUUUUCCAGAUUCUACUAUUUCUUCUUCACCGAAUCUGCCGGAUAUUCCCAACCACAAUACACGACUACAAGAAAAUAUAAAUGAGGAAAAACUCACUACCCAUUUUGGUAGUGCUAAGGAAAAAUCAUUUUCAUAUGAUCCUUUACCCUCAUUGCCAAAUCCUCUCAUUAAAAUAAAUUCAUAUCAAAUCAACAAUAAAGAACAAAAGGAAAAAAGUAUACACAAAAAUAACUUACAGAUUAAUAGUAAUAAAGAAAAUGUGCCAACAAGUAAUUCUUUGUCACGCCUGCCUCUUUCUUUGGAAAACUGGAAUUCUUAUGCUAGAAGUCAGCUAAGUAUGUAUCCGUAUAUUUAUCCCAAUAAUCAUCAAAAUGAUAAUUCAACUACUCAUCCAAAUAGUCUUCCAAAUAGUCUUCCAAAUAAUCUUCCAAAUACGCAUCAAAAUCAUCCUAAAAAUAACCGAAUACUUCCCGAUAAAUAUCCUAAUAUUCGUUUAAAAAAUCAUUCGAGUAAUAAUUUAAAUAAUCAAAAUAAUCACUCAAAUAAUCGUCCAAAUAAUUUUCCAAAAAAUCAACCAAAUCCAAAUCAAAAUAAUAAUCCAAAUCAAAAUAUUAAUCCAAAUCAAAAUAUUAAUCCAAAUAUUCACCCAAAUAUUCAUUCAAAUAUUAAUCCUAAUAGUCAUCCAAAUAUGCAUCCUAAUAUGCAUCCAAAUAUGCGCCCAAAUAUGCAUCCAAAUAUGCGCCCAAAUAUGCAUCCAAAUAUGCAUCCAAUUUUGCCUCCAAAUAUGCAUCCAAAUAUGCAUCCAAUUAUGUACCCAAAUAUGAAUCCAAAUAUGCAUCCAAUUGUGCCUCCAAAUAUGCAUCCAAAUAUGCAUCCAAAUAUGCAUCCAAUUAUGUACCCAAAUAUGAAUCCAAAUAUGCAUCCAAAUUUGCAUCCAAAUAUGCAUCCAAAUAUGCAUCUGAAUAUGCAUCCAAAUAUGCAUCCGAAUAUGCAUCCAAAUAUGCAUCCAAAUACACAUCCAAAUAUUCAUCAGAAUGUUCGUCCAAAUAAUCAUCAGAAACCUAUUUCAAAAAACCCGCCAAAUUUGAUUACGAAGCAAACUACAUCGCCAAUGCCCCGUUUUAUGGCAAGUUCAAUUUCUGUUUCACCAAAUCAGCAAAAUGUCCAUAACCACACUAAUCCAAAACAGAUUCAGUUACCCAAAGAGAAAAUUAAUAACAAACAGAGUUUUAACAAUAAUGGUAACUUAGUUCCAUUUUACCCCUCAACCCCAGCACAAAAUGCCUUCUUAGGCGCAAAUUUAUAUUCACCUAGUAUUUCAAAUCUCUAUCAAAAUACACAGCAAGUCCAAUUUGAGAAAGAGAGAAACAAAAAUAUUGGUACCAAGAAUAAUUUAUUUCCAGGUAGUCAUUCCUCUUCUUUGCCAAUUACUACGGAUCAACCAAAUACAUCUAAAAAUCAAAAUUAUUCAUCCUCCUCAAUGAACGUUUCUCAGAACACUACGAAUUCCUCUCAAGCAAAAUUUUCAAAUUUACAUGAUUUAACCAAUGCGACACAAUGCGUAGGUGAAAAGAAUAAAUAUGUUGAAGGUGCUAAGCCUAGUGAACAUAAAUUACCAAAUUGUUCUUUUUCCUCAAUACCAAAUUCAUUGGCGAAUCAGAAUUUAUUGUCAGAAAGUCAGCCUAACUCAUCCACAUCAACUAAACUAGAUAACUUGAAUCCAAGAAGUCAGACAAACCUGUAUAAAAAUGACCACACAAAUUUGAUUCAAAGUGAUUCCUCAUCUACAAUGCCUAGUAUAUCCAGUUCUGUUUCAACAAAUUUACCACAUUUUCACCACUACGUGACCGAACCAGAGGUUGAGUUGCAACAGAAGAAAAAUGAAGCAAUUGGCCACUCUGAGACAAAAACGAAGACCAAAUCCACAGAUAACGAGAAAAAUGUUGAAGCAAGCAAUAAAAUGAAAAAUAUGUUUCAAAAUAACAAUAACCAUCCUCAGUUAUUUCCAAAUGUUCCUUCUUCCUCAUUUUCAUCCUUUCAACCAACCCCGAAUAUAUAUAACCCAUAUUUUCACCAGUAUACUCUUCCUCAAAAAUUUCAUGGACAGGAAGCACAAAAAGUUGUUAAAUCUGAUUUUUUAGGAAACACAUUUUCACAUUAUUCCCCCUCUAUAACUUUUCCUGGCUCUAGUUUAUGCUCAACAGAAGGGUCAAACUUUAAUGAAAGUGCUCAAUCAGGGAAAACUACAUUAGAUACUAAAAAUAUGGCUACAACUAGCAAUUUAAUAAAAACAAAUACACUUUCAACAGAACCUGAAACAUUUAAUAAAAAUAUCGAUAAUAUUAAAAAAAUACCAAAGAAGCUUAAUCCAAAUUCAAAAGCAAAAAAAAGAUGUAGCUGUAUAAAAUAUAGAAAGUCAGAAGAAAUAAAUACAGAUGGAAGUCCAAAAGUGAAAAAAAAAUGUAAAAGAUGUAAAAAAAAGGAAAGGAAAAAGGAAGCAGAUAUCAAUACAGGCAAAAUUCAGAAAUUACCUGACACAUCUAAGGAUAUUAACAAAAAAUCUUCAUUGGAUCCAAAGAACGCUACAGCCACUAAAGCAUUGUCUAUGCCAAGUUUGUUAGAUGAUCCAGUUCAACAGAAUGAUUCAAAUUCAAAUCAAUCAAACAUAGACAAUUUGGAAAUAAAAGAUAAUUUACAGAAUAACUGUAAGAUGAUAGAUCUAACUGUAGACCACUUAGUUCCAUCUACCUCAUCACAUCCGAUGCCUCAGCCUAUAAAAGUGUAUAAGAAACAUAAAAAAAAUAAAAAACAUAAAAAAUCACAAAAUAAUGAGAAAGAGAAAAAAAGACCGCACUCGCCGGAUGAAAAUAGCGAACCUCGUAAACACAAACCCAUACGUCAUGGGCAUUAUCCAUGUAAUCGAGAAAUGCUACUAAAGUCUGGUCAUCUAAAAAAUCCUGAAAUAUUUGAAGAAAAAUUGGUUGCAUAUGAUCCUUGGACGAAUAUUGCUCUCCCCAACAAUUUUCCAUUUCUCCGUCCACCACUUUCCCACGAUCCGUUAAAUAAUAGAACAUUUUCUUCCCAAUUUAAUAAUAAGUCUGAAAUACCCCAACCAGGAUUGGUGAACCCAAUAGAAAAUCACGCAUUGCAACAGAAUAUUACUAUAAAUAAUAAUAUGGGACUCCCACCGGCGAAGCGAAAAUGUUCUCAUCCAUCUCAAGAAAAGCUGCUAUCAAAAGAAACUUCUUUUGAAAAUUCGACGAAUAAUUCUAGUUUCACAAAUAGUGAGAAAACACUGGAGGAUCAUAAUAAUAUAAUAGAACCAUUUUCGAAGUAUAUCGUUGAAAAAGUCGGAGAUUCUUAUUCAAUUAGACUGGCUGACGAUCCAAGUAAGUAUAUCCUAUAG